AUGGCACGCUGGACCCUUGUUGCGCGCUUCCUGCUGCUUGUCACGGCGCUUUACGCUGGUGUUGCCGCCCAGAGGAUCCCCAGGAGGCCGCCUGGGUUCACGCUGGGAGGCGGCAGUGCUGAUGCCGGCGUGCAGCUCGAGUCGUACAUCGAUUUGUUGUGUCCGGACAGCAAGUCGGCUUACCCGGGGUUAAAGAAGCUGGCGCAGCACUACGAGCCGGAUGAGCUGCGCGUUCGCUUCGUGCUGUUCCCGUUGCCGUACCACCAGCAUGCCUUCGCAACCGCUGAGGCGGCCUUCGCCAUCACCACGACACUGGGGGACGCCAGCUUCACCAAGUGGCUCGAGACCAUCUACGCCAAUCAGGACAUCUUCUGGAACAAGGUGACGAAGGAUUUGAGUCCGGUGCAAGUGGUGGCGAAGCUCAAGAAACUGGCACAAAAGACUUUUCCCUCUCUGACGGACGAACAAUGGGACAAACUGAUGACGGGGUACGGAGGAACGGAUGUGGACGACCACACGCGCGAGUCGUGGAAGUACACGUGCUCCAGAGGCAUGUCGGGCACACCCAUGUAUACUCUGAACGGUGUGCCUUUCGAGGCCGAUGCGGACUGGACCUUCGACCAAUGGUUCAAGGUUAUUGACCCGCUCGUGAAGGCGAACAAGCCUGCUAUGGACGUGCGCAGUGAGACCCAGAUGGCGUGGAAGGAUGUUCACUUGAGCGGAGUUCCUCGUGCUCAACCGGAUCGAGACGUGAUGCAUCUGGUGCAUUCUGGACAAUGGACGUCUACCGCACAGGUGUGUGCAGGGAUUGCCGGCGGAGCGAGAGCGUGCGAGUACGUGCCUGGCCGCGCGAUGUGCUGCCAGGCACAUGAAGCGUGCAUCCUUCACGAAGGAUGCGUGGCAUUGCAAUGA